AUGUCGAAGAGAGGACGUGGUGGUUCUGCAGGUGCAAAAUUUAGGAUAUCACUGGGUUUACCAGUUGGUGCAGUGAUAAAUUGUGCCGAUAAUACUGGUGCCAAAAAUUUAUAUGUAAUUGCAGUUCAAGGAAUCAAAGGUAGAUUAAACCGUUUACCAGCUGCAGGAUCAGGUGAUAUGAUUGUUGCUACUGUCAAAAAAGGAAAACCUGAACUUAGGAAAAAGGUGAUGCCUGCAGUGGUAAUACGGCAACGGAAACCAUUUCGAAGGAAGGAUGGAGUUUUUAUAUACUUUGAAGACAAUGCAGGGGUUAUUGUGAAUAAUAAAGGUGAAAUGAAAGGAUCGGCUAUUACAGGACCUGUUGCUAAAGAAUGUGCCGAUUUAUGGCCCAGGAUUGCAUCUAACGCUAGCAGUAUCGCCUGAACAUUCUGUAUAAAUUUA